CAACCGAGCAGCAGCUAGGAGUACAUAACAUAGCAAGUGAAAGCAGUGAGCUCCGUCGGUCGGUGACUUUUGUGAUCGGCUGAAGCUAGCAGAGAUGGCAGUUUCUUCUGGCCGCGCGGCAGCGUCCGCCGCCCUCCUCCUUCUCCUCCUCCUCGCCACAGAGCUGGGGACGACGACAGUGGCGGGGGCGGGGGAGAGGACCUGCAAAUCGCAGAGCCACAACUUCAAGGGGGAGUGCACGAGCACGACCAACUGCGCCAGCGUGUGCAAGACUGAGGGCUUCCCCGACGGCAAGUGCAAGUCGCACUACUUCGUGCGCAAGUGCUUCUGCAUCAAGGACUGCUGACCGGCUAGCGCUCCGCAGACCGGCGAUCGACCUCCGCUUCUUCUGUUCCUGUUGAUCAAUCGGCUGCUAGUUGUUCGUCCGUCGCCGCUCGCGCGUCUGUCUGCUAGAUGUGUCCUCCGCGCGCGCUUAGAAUAAAGUAGAAUUGGAAAUUAAGUGAUGUUGUGUGUGUGAA